AUGCUCGACCACUUCUCCAAGGCAGAAACAACAGAGACAACAAUGGAAGUAUUCAAGGCUAUUGCCCAGAACCAGCCUGUUCUUACAGAUGCUCAACUCGACCAGUACUUCUCCGCCGAAGAUGCCGCAUACCUUCGAUCCCAACUCAAGCAAGGCGAAAACGGCUACGAAUUCGCCGAUUGGGUUAACUCACUUUACAACCAAUAA